AUGGGAACAGUUAUGAACAAAAAUAUGCCUCAAAGACAAAUGGUGCAAAAGGUCAAAGACAAUCGUUAUCCAGAUAGACCGAAAGAAUUGAAAAGCGUGUCUCUUUAUGAGUUCGCACAGUGGUACGACAUCACAAAGAGUAAACCGAAAAAUAAGAAUGUCGAAUAUUACAAAUUAGAUAAUGAAUCAUUUCACAAAGUAAAAUUACAUCCAAUAGAAGCAUUGCAAUAUCAUGAAAAAAUAGAAGAAUUACAAAAAGCUUUUGAAACUGCAAAACAGUUGGUUCAAGAAUAUGAUGAUAAAUUAGAGAAACAAGAUGUAGAUGAUCCAGAAAAUCCAAUAGGUAUUCAAAACAUAGAAGCUGGUGAAGCAAUCGGAGAAGGUGGCGCUGGAAAAAGUUUCCUAAUUAAAACCAUCAAAUGUUGGAUAAAACAAACUCUCAACAAGGAUACUGCUGUAGCAGCUCCUACUAGUAUUGCAGCGUUUAAUAUAGAUGGUUUAACAGUUCACAGAUUACUUCAAUUGCCUGUUGAACACGGUUUUACUCNAAAAUAUAAACAGUUAUCUGAUCAUGUAUUAAAAGUUUUACGAGCAGAAUUAAAAGAUGUUAUUCCCAAUAUAAUCGAUGAAGUGUCAAUGAUAUCUAAUUUGACUUUAAUGUAUAUACAUCUUUAGUUGUCUCAAAUAUUCGAUACUACUGANUGUGAUGACGGUUGGUUCGGUCGAAAGCAUAUUCUUCUACUUAGAGACUUGCUUUAAUUACCUCCUAUACACGAUAAUCCAGCUUUUAUACGCUUAUCAAAGGAAACAGUUAAUACAUAUCUUGGAUCUAUUGAAGCUAUUAACCUAUGGAUUACAUUGUUUGACUAUGAUGAACUGACAAUCAAUAUGCGACAGNAAGGAGAUAACACUUAUCGUGAAUUACUGUCAAGAAUUCGUAUUGGUUUAGUGACUCCGUCUGAUUGUGAGAUUCUUUCAAAAAGAAAAAUAGUUAAUGCGGCAAUGUUAAAUUGUAUUAAGGAGAAAGAAAUGAUAUUAAUUGCGGAGGAUACGAUAGAAUGUACUCCGUUUGUGAAAAAGAAAGUCUUAAAAGUACUGUCGGCUAUAGAAGAUGAUAAUUCUAGAACAGCCGGACUUUUGAAAAGAAUUAUUAUAAAAGUCGGAGCAAAGAUUAUGAUAAGACGUAAUAUUGAUGCUAGCUUAGGACUUGUAAAUGGUACAAUAGGUAUAGCGGUUUUGGUUAUUGGAAAUAUUUCGAAUAAUGAAUAUAUAGAAAAAAUAAAACUUCGCUUGUCAUCAGGUUUAGAAUUUUCAAUAGAAAAAGUAAAUGUCAAGUUUCAGGUGAUGGAAAAAGCUUAUGUUAUUAGAAAACAAUUUCCAUUGUCUUUGAGUUACGGAAUCACUAUUCAUAAAAGUCAAGGAUUGAGUUUGUCUAAUGCUAUUAUGGACAUAGGUACUUCGAUAUUUAGUCCUGGUCAAAUUUACGUUGCAUUGUCACGAGUAACAUCUCUAGAAGGACUGCGUUUAAUUAAUUUUGAUCNUUCAUCUGUAAAAGCGAGUGAAGAAGCUAUUAUUGAAUACAACAGGUUAAAACAACUUCAUAAAUCAGAAGCAAAAAUGAUUGCUGUUUUAAAACAGAAAAUUUGUAAAGUAAAAGAUACCCCUUGGACAAUAUCAAAAGUAAUCGCUUCUGUACAACAGGAACCACAUGAAAUUAUUCAAACAAAUGAUGCUUGA